AUGGACGCCAUAGAUUCCGUGUUCGAUCCUCUCAGAGAAUUCGCUAAAGACAGCGCCAGACUCGUCAAACGCUGCCACAAACCCGAUCAAAAAGAAUUCACAAAGGUGGCGUCUCGUACCGCAAUUGGAUUUGUGGUCAUGGGAUUUGUUGGGUUCUUCGUGAAGUUGAUUUUUAUCCCAAUCAAUAACAUCAUUGUGGGGGCUUCUUAG